CAGGGAUGCGGGCGGAGCGGUGGCGGAGGCAGCGGCGGUGCGCGCCCCGCGCUGCCGCCCGCCCGUCCCGCCGGCGCUCGGCCCGGGGCUGCGCGGCCGGCAAUGAAUGAGGGAAUGAAUGAAAGAGGCACGGGCAGCGCUGCCGCCGCUCCGCCCCGGCGGGAAGCGCCGGCCCCGAGCGCCGCCCCUGCCGGGUGCGAGUGCCCCGGCCCCGGCAGCAUCCGCGGGGAUGCUCCGGGAUGGCUCCGACCGGUGCGGACGGAAAAAAAGGGGAAGUUUUGGUUAGACGGGUUAGGUAUUAGGCAGAAGUUCCUAACUGUGCGGGUGGUGAGGCGCUGGAACAGGUUGUACGGGGAGGCUGGCGCUUAAGAAAUGAGGUGAAGUGCUCUGAUUGCUCCCCGCAGUAAGGGAGACCUUAGAGCGCCUUCCUGUAACUAAAGGAGGCUGGGGAGAGAUUUCUGACAAGGGCACGGAGUGAUAGGACGAGAUGGGAACGGCAUUAAACUGAAGAAGGGCAGGUGUAGGUGGGAUAUCGGGAAGAAAUUCUUGGCUGUAAGAGGGGUGAGGCCCUGGCGUAGGUUGCCCGGGGAGGUUGUGGAUGCCCCCAUCCCUGGAAAUGUUCCAGGCCAGGCUUGAUGGAGCUCUGAACGGUCUGCUUUAGUCAGUGGCAUCCCUGCUUGUGUCUGGGGGCUUGGGACUUCAGACUCCAUCCCAGUCCCUUAGCACUGUGAUUCCAUGACUAUUCACCUGCCCCUGCACGGACAGAGGGCUGUCUUUAAAGCUCAGACUGCCUCGGGAUGAAAAACUGAACCUUUCUGAAACAGAUUAACUUCAUAAUGUGAAAAUACUGACUGGCUAAUACAUGGAUCAUACUUUAAACCAAAGGGAACUGUAAUUUUUGUGUGCCCUCGUGGAUGUUCAGAUGUUACAAAAGGUAGAAUUUGUGUCCACACAUCCCCCAGAUUGACAGCUUUAGGGCACAGUGCCAAGAUCCCUGCUCCUGCCGCGAACUGAUUUUGAGACACUAGAUUUUGCUUAUUAAACAUUGUUUAUUUCGUUCCUUGUUUGUUUUUACGUUCAAUUUGAUUUUUGUGACUGCUGCAGUUUUAGGUGUUCACGCUUUAGUCUUGGAAUCACAAAGUGUGACAAUAUUGGGAUGGAGAAAAAGUCUCCAGAGUUGUUAUUCUUCCUCUGCUACUGUGUCUUAAAUGCCCUCUCAGCCCUGAUUUUUCAUGAGAAAGAUACUUCAUGUGUAACCAGCAUAUUGAUGUUCUUCCCUGUCUGCAGACAGCUCUGAUAUCUUUUGGACUCUGUUAUUUAAAAAUCUAAAACCGUGAGCUUCUAAUUAGUGAGACUGGUUGUUCUUGAGGUUCUCUCAUGGUGCCUUAUGAAAGUCUUAAAUCAAAGUAGUCAUUGACAGUGAUAGGGGAAAGCCAGGUGUAGCUGCUGACAGGCACCAACAUUACUUGACUCCAAGGUCAAGCCAGGAAUUUCCAUAUCUUCGUGAUUUUAUAGAGGAAGACACUCUCUUGUGUCAGCUUCUCACAAGACUCCAUGCGUGGGACUGGGAUCUACAUUCAGUCUGUAGAGGAUUCCCUUUUUGUGGCUGGAGCCAAGGCAUUAAUAAUGUGGACAUGGGCAUCUGCAUAUUCUGCCUUGCAUUUGCCUGUGACGGGAUACUUGGCAAAAACCUGUUUUGUCGGGGCGGGGUGUUGAUUGCCAAGAACUCCUGGAUGGUUUAGUAAAACAAGCACUUAAUGUUGUUUGGGGCUCCUGGAUUCCACUUGUUUCUGGCUCUUUGGUGUUGUCUGGUGCCUGACCUCACGAUGGGCGUGCAGUUUCUUAGUCGUCUUUGAGUGCUAAGAUGGAUAUCUUGGGGAUAUCUAAGCUUAUCUGUAAUUCUAUUUGCAAAGUCUUAAAAAGGAGCAGAGGGGUUUUUCACUUGAACUGGAGCACGCUCCUUCAUGGUUUCUUAGAGCUGUUAAGUCACAUUACAGCCUGACAAAAAAAUACUCUUAAAAGCACUUUGCACAAGUGUGCAUGGGAUUACUGUGAAGGUUUGCAAGUUAAGAUUAGGAUGUGUGUUCUCAACAGGAUUUUCCUUGCCCUCUCUGAAAGCUGAACUGCAGUGUGCUGUAUGCACUGGCUUUAGUUAAAAUGUGAGCAUGUAGUAGGUUGGAUCUAACUAGAGAGCCAGUUGGGAAAAAAAAAAGGGAAAAAAAAAGUUAAGUUACCUGGCAUGUUUGGUUUGUAUGGUUUAGGUAUUCUGGUAGCCAUAACAUUCAAAUUAGUGAUGGCUUUGUUUCCUUACAGAAACAAAGAGGGAGAAAUGGCUCUCCAGGUGUUCUGGGUCUAAGGAGGAAGCAAAGAUGAUUUGUCACUUCGUUAUCUGAAGCUAGGCAAUACCAUUCAUGGUCUAGCUGGCCUUCUUGUGUUACUUGAGUAUUUUUGCAGGCGUUAUUCUUGUGCAACUCUGUUUCCUCUGGUCAGCACGGCAUCCUUCUUAAUUGCUUGAUCCAUUUUAUUCCAGUCAUCUUUCAGUCACUCUUAGUGCCUCAAACUCGAACUUCUGGUUACUCUUGAAGUGCUGUGGGACUUCUUAGUCUUUCUUUACAAAAAUUAAAGAUCCAGUCACCUAUUUGUUGGAUUUGCUGACUUCAGUGCCGUCUAUAUGGUGUGAUGCACCAAAAAGCUUGCUCUACUCAUACUUCUAAUCCCUCAAGAAAGUUGCAUUUGUUUACUAUUUGUUUACACUCCUGUAUAUAGCAGACUUGUUGCAUGCUCUCCUAGAGUGCUUGCCAUGCAGUGAGUUCUGCUGUAGCAAAAAUAUGAGGGUUUCCCUUGAUACUCCAAAUCUCUAAAGAGUUAGGGGGGGUAAAAGUGAGAUUAAAAAAGAGCUUCCCUGUUUCUGUGCCAGAGAGGGGAUGGGAAAGUGAUACUAAUAGUUGUGUAAGUAGGAAGCUUGUGAUGGGCAGAAUGGACAUAAAGGAAAAUAGAUCUCUGUCUCUCAAGACUUGGGGGGGAAAAACAUGUGAUUUGAGUUUAGGGCUAUAGAGUUCCUGGAGAGCUCUUGGGAGGUGGAGGGGAGGGAACUCUCUCUUCCAUAGUUUGAGAAAUAAUUGAGAGACCGUACCAAUUUCACAGCAUUUCCAAUUUAUUUUCUCAUAAGUGAUUAGACAGGGCUUUAGCCUAUGCUUUGCCAUUGGUCUUGGCUGAUGUAGAGACAUGCCUAUACUUCCUGUAAAUAAAGAGUGUAGUUAAUUGUGACUGCUACAGUUUUGCCAGUCAAGGGCUGUGGCAGACACCAGCAGUAGCUCCACAGAAAAAAAUGUCUGUGCAUAUUGAUUUCCAGCAUGCUCAUUGCUCAUGAACAAUAAAGGUUGCCUGUAGGUAGCAGGAUUAUGGAGUCUCAAAGCGUGUGAUGAUACAAUUAGCAACAAAUUAUUUUGGGGUAACAAGUCCUGUUAUUUUUAGGCAGAGUGCACUUCCUACAACUGAGCAGCGUUGCCUUGGCUGGAGUUCAGAUUGCUGCAAGUUCCAUUUUUCUUGAGAUAAGGAUUAAAUAGACAAGGCACACAAAUCAGUGAAGGAUGUGAUCCUUGGGCAUGUCAUAAUGCCGUCAUUUAAGCAGCAGGUCCCAAUUGCUCCAUCACAUCCUACAAGACUGGACAAAGCUUCUGCUUUUAAGGGGAAAUGUGUCAUGGGUUCAUCAUUUGCCACAAGUGCACACCAGGGAGAACUGCUGGGCCGGGAUGGUGGGGGGAAAAGGUCUUGUGUGUCACUGGAGCAAUUAACUUAACAAGGGUGCACAUUGUGAAUUUUGGCGCAGCUGUGUCACCAAGUCCUGUUGAACAAGGGCCGUUCAGAAAGCCAAGGCUGGCUGCUGUGUCGUGUGGCUCUGCUGAUGGGUCAGGUUUCAGCAUAGUUUUCCACUAGUAGAAAUGGUUUCCAAGAUAAAGAAAAUUUCUUUCAAAGAAUGUUUGCGAUGGGGACUUAAUUCAAUGUACAGCGGGUCAAAAAAUCCCCGGCUGGACUUGCCCACGUUCUGGUUGGUCGUGUGAGGAAAUUGUGUUCUUUAGGAGGUAUAAGCUGGUGUUAACUCUAGUUCAUUUAGGAAACCCAUUGUUUACAUUUGUCUUUGGCAGGCUGGGGUUUCACUGUGGCAGUUUGCCAGUGUUGAGGGACAUCUGCUCUCCUGGAACAGGAGACAGUGUGAUUAAAGUAACUUCGAAGGAAAUUGUGUGCUUUAUUGAAGGUGUUGGUAAAGGACUUAAUCUUCCUUUAUUAUCUUCAGGUGCUCUGUCGAGUGCAAGCAUUGAUAGCAAAUGUAAUUGUGGCAAGGAACUAAACUUAAAUUUUAAAUAUCAAAGAGGUAAUUUAUCUGGCUGGCUGGCUUUUCAUCUCCAGUUGGCCUUCCUUCCCAUCCACACUCUGAAGUACAUUUCUGCACUGACAUUAGGCAGUAAAAUAAAUAUCAGGAACAGCUUCCCAUCAGGCUGUGGCUUGAAUUACUGUGCAAGUGUGUGGCACUCUGCAGCUGGUAUCCUGAGCAGCUACACAGAACCAUGUGGUGUCGGAGCAGGCAAAGAUGUGACACCUGUUCCAGGCUUUUCCAGGGUGCACGUGUGCUGUAAGGAGCUGGGGAGGUACUAUGGGAAGGAAGCUGACUUGAAAUUAUUUUAGGCAUGUUUGUAUUAUCAUAGGUGAUCUUGAAAAGUGAGGAAAAGAUCAGAGUCAGUGGAACUUCAGAGCCUUCAUCUGAAAUUUGUCACUGUUUGGAUGUGUACCACAGAGCAUCCAGAGGGGGAAAGAGUGGGGUGAUUAACUUGUUGCAAAAUAAUUCAAGCCACUGAAAUGUAAGAAUUUAUAUUCUGAAGUCAGCAUGUCUUCUGUGCAGUAUAGGACAUAAAUAUUUGGUGUCAAAAACGUGGACAUGUAAUGAUGACAGGGUAAUGGGCAGUGGUUUGAUAUGUUUGUGUGCGUAGUUUCUGCUUAGAAAUGGGGUUGUGGGGUUCACACAGAUGACCAUGAACUUCAGGCUGGAUUUGUGACUUCAGAGUCACAGCUGAGCAGUAUGUGACAAGAGGUGGUGUGUUGUUGUUGGUUGCAAACACUACGUUUAAAUAAAAUGGGUAACAUGAGACAAGGUUGAAAACACGUUACGUAUAUUUAUUUACAGAGUAACUUGUCCAGUUUCUCUGAUUUUCAUGUCAGUCUCUAUUAAAAAAAUUGAAUGCUCUUAGGUGCUUCUUACAUUAUUUUAAGCCACUUUCUUGCAAAAUACAGCCUUAGCAUUUUGUCUGCUGUGGGGAAAAAAUGUGGGAAACUGACUGCUAGCUAAAUAAAAUAUAGAAAAUUCAUGACUGCAGCUGGGUUUUUUUAUUUAUUAUUUUCAUAUUUCUCUACAACUGGAGUAGGAAACCAACCCACUGUUCAGUAAAUGUAAUUUUAUAUGGGUCUAAAUAUAGGUUGCAUUAUCAGGAAUUGGAACACGUGUGUAUCUAUGUCAUGCCUUGGCUGAAAGCCCAUGCUUUUUGAGGAGGGUUUGAUUAGUGUUGGUAAUGCUUAGUUUUGUGAUCAGGCUCUUAAGUAGCGGCAGAAAAGAGUGGGUGGGGGUGUGGGAGGUGAGAAGAGUCUGCUGUAGGCUGGUGGCAUCCUGCACUUGGUCAGUUUCAAAGGAAAUUUUGAAUUGCACCUCCCAAAGUCUGGCUGCUGACUUUUUGCCUUGCGUGAGGCGUGUGGUUUGUCUGGCUCCAGAUGGUCAGCUCAGCUAGAAAAUUAUUUCUUUGGGAUUUUUGUUUAGUUGUGGGUUUUUGGGUUUUUUUGUACGGCUUUUCUAUUAUCUUAGUAAGAAGUUUAAGGAGAUGACGGGGAAAUUCUAGGUUGUUGUAAACAAUUCCAUGGGUAGGAAGAUCCACGCACUUUGAAGUCAAAAGAGAGAAAACCAAACUGCUUCUUUUAAAAAGAUGCAAGUCAGCAAUUACUUGUUUGCUUUUAUUUUCCUUUCAUGAGUCAAACUACUUGAAAAGGAGCACAGUUCUAGGUAAUUUCUGAACACUGCAACAGGAAGGUGUUUGAGGUUUUUUCAUUUGCUGUAUUCAGAUGUAGCUUUCUCUAGGGAGGAAGAAGGCAUCUAUUGUCAAGAGGCUGAAGUUCUUCCUGGUCAAAAUUAAUGGGUGUAAGGGUGAAGUAUGUGUUGUAUACAUUAGUGUUUGUUUUUAUAAAUCACAGAGGCUUUUCUGAUCUUUUGCUCCGUGCCUGUAUUCCCUUUAGGGCUGGGAUGACUCUGUUGAGUUGCUGAGAUUUCAUCUGGCUUCCAGCGUUUGAAGUGUUGAGCUCUAGUUUCUGUUUUCUCUCUGAGAAUGUGUUCAGAUGAGGUGUCUCAUAGUUAGACAGCUCAUGUCACUAACAACUAAUAGUGCUUAAUUUUAAUUCUCCACCCACCCACCACCCCCCCUGCUGUGGCUUUUGUUGCAUUAAAUUAUAGUGUGGCUUCACAGACAGUCUUGUUGCAAACAAGCCAGAAAGGGCUGAUCCAACUGGUAAUACUUUUUGUGGCACAGGUACUACACUGGGUUUUAAUAAUGUUGUUGUUCCUAGUCUGUUUUAUUAUAAUACUCUUUUUUUCUCUGCUGAUGCGUGGCAAGAAUGCUUUUCUCAGCUGCCUUUCAGUCUGUAAAUGCAUUAAAAAGGUACUUGCAUUAAAAUGAUUUAGGAUCCAAGCAGUUUCAAGGUGUCCAAACACUUUGGAUAGUGGCACAUUUUGGGGAAUUUCUUUGAUCCAGAGUCCAGGAUAAUUUGGGGAGCACUGUCUAAAACUCUGCAACUUUCUCAUUUCAGGGUCUUACUUGGUAGGCUUGGUUUCAGCAUGGGAGAAGCAGUUUCUUCAUGUUUUGAUUAAAGCUUUUUUCCCAAAAGUGAUCAAACAACAAAUGUCUGCUGUGGACCCUCAUACUUCCUAAUAGGGGAUGGGGAGAUUGGGAUUUUUUUACAGAUGUGCAACAUACCUUCCUUUCCUUCUUUUUCCUCUUUUGCUGCACACCUUCCUUGCAUGCUGAAGUUCCAGCAGGCUCGGGUUUUAUAGGAAGGGCAGGACAGAAACUCCAGGGAAUAAUGCAGAGAGCUGGAAACAGGAUUGUCCAUCCAAACCCUAAAUCCUGUGGUUCUGUCCGAGCGCUGGAUCCAGCUGUGGGUCUGAGGAGUGAAAUGCCACUAAGGCAGUGGGGAGUGCUGAGCAGGAGGAAGCAGCUGAGUGCAGAAGAGAGUGUUUUUGUGUGUCUCAGGGGCUCCCAGCCUGGCCCUCGGAUGCCAUGCGGCGGGGGGAGUAGGUGCUAAUCCCACGGGAUCGGGAUUAAGGAGCGCUAAGUCUGUUGCGUAAAGCCUGCCAUGUGGUGUGGCUGUGGUGCUGAAACCUCCAGACAUGCAUUCCCAUCCCUGCAUCCCUCUGUGUGCAUGCACCUCUCCUGAGCAUGAUAAGUGCAGCUAUGCAAAAAAGGAAUCUGACCUCAAUGGAGCCCAGGUGAAGCUUCGUGAGUUUGAAGCAGCCCUGAAUUCCAAAGAAGCUGCACUGGCCACAGCCUUUGGUGAUAAGAAAAGUCUGGAGGGAGAAAUUGAAGAUUUGAAAGCUCAAAUUAGAGAGCUUGAAGCUUCUUUAGCUGCUGCCAAGGACCAGCUUAUAAACGAAACCUUGCAGAAAGUGGACCUUGAAAACCGUUGUCAGAGCCUCAUUGAGGACCUGGAAUUCCGUAAAAAUAUGUAUGAAGAGGAAAUCAAUGAGACGAGAAGGAAGCAUGAAACUCGCCUGGUCGAGGUUGAUUCUGGGCGUCAGAUUGAGUACGAGCACAAACUGGCCCAGGCCCUCCACGAGAUCAGAGAGCAGCACGAUGCACAAGUGAAGCUCUACAAAGAGGAGCUCGAAGAGACUUACCAUUCCAAACUGGAGAGUGCCAGGCUGUCCUCGGAGAUGAGCAGCUCUGCAGCCAACACCAUCAGGGAGCAGCUGAACGAGAGCCGCAUGCGCAUCGACAGCCUGUCCUCCCACAUCACCAGCCUCCAGAAAGAGUCCAGAGCAUGGCAGGACAGAGCACAGGAGCUGGAGAGCAGCUUGGCCCAGGAGCAGGAAAACUGCCGCAAAACACUGGCAGAAAAGGAGAAGGAAAUUGCAGAGAUAAGAAAUCAGAUGCAGGAGCAGCUGAGUGACUACGAGCAACUCCUGGAUGUUAAACUGGCACUUGACAUGGAGAUCAAUGCAUACCGGAAAUUGCUGGAGGGUGAAGAGGAGAGGCUGAAGCUGUCGCCCAGCCCUUCCUCCCGGGUGACCGUCUCGCGCGCCUCGUCCAGCCGCAGUGUCCGCACGGCCGGCGGCAAGAGGAAGAGAAUUGAUGUGGAGGAAUCCGAAGCCAGCAGCAGCGUGACCAUUUCCCACUCUGCCUCUGCCACGGGGAACGUGUCCAUCGAGGAGAUAGAUGUGGAUGGGAAGUUCAUCCGCUUGAAGAACACCUCUGAGCAGGAUCAACCUAUGGGAGGCUGGGAGAUGAUCCGAAAAAUAGGAGACACUUCUGCAAGUUACAGAUAUACCUCAAGAUAUGUACUAAAGGCAGGCCAGACUGUUACAAUCUGGGCUGCAAAUGCUGGAGUAACUGCGAGCCCUCCCACUGACCUCAUCUGGAAGAACCAGAAUUCCUGGGGCACCGGCGAAGAUGUGAAAGUUGUGCUGAAAAAUUCUCAGGGAGAGGAGGUUGCUCAGAGAAGCACUGUGUUCAAAACAACAGCACGUAAAGGGGAAGAUGAGGAAGUUGAGGAAGAAGUAGCUGAAGCUCUGGAUGAGGAAGACAUUUACCGUCAGCAGGCAGAGCAAAGGGCAUCCAACAGAGGCUGUGUGGUCAUGUGAAAUUCCAGCCACUCCAGGCUCCUCCAGCCGUGGUAAUCCCUGCCUGCAGAACAGAGCCUUCUGAGAAGCACAACAUUAUUUUCCUGUCUGUGAAUUUUUAAAGCUGCGAGUCUGAUGGCCUUAAAUUUCCUCUGCCAGUGAAAGGAGAAAAAAAAAAAAAAAAAAAAAAAGGAGGAAAAAAAAAAAAGGAAAAAGAAGGUUUGUUGCAAGCAUCUCGACUUCCUCGCAGGAUGUGAGCUUGUCUCCUGACAAGGAGAAUUCAGCUGAUGCUCCUGUCUCUCUCUCAGAUUUAUACACCAGUCUCUCUUCAUUGAAACCUUGCUGGAGUAGGAAUAUUCCAGUGUGUUUUGGGGAUCGAUUUUUUUUAGAUUAUACCACUCUAGACUAGUUGCUACAACCUCUUUGUAUCUUAGGUGCUGUUGGGGAUUGGUUUAGAGUUGUUAAUUCUGGAAGAGGAUUCAUGUUACACCUUGUGGUUGUGUUGUUAAGAUAGUGUUACCAGCUUAAAUUUUCCUAUGUGGUUUUUUUCUAACAAAUUAGAAAGCUGUUUUAAUAUGGAUUGCCUUACUUGUUUACAAUUUUUCGUAACAAAACAAAGUCUCUAGAGGUCUAGUCUACAUUUGUAUGGGAAACAGUUGUAAUUUUGCCAAUGUUGAAGGUUUUUCUGUCCUUUUCGCAUUAUUCCAAUGUCUGAAAAACAUUUUAAUAAAGUAUGUCUGUGCU